CAGCUCCCUAUUACCCUGAGGGCGGGCGGGCCUGCGGCCGAGGAAAGAAGGAGGCGGAAAAGGAAUUGUCCCGGAUCCCUGCAGUCUUUCCGUAGGUUGCGGUACAACGCCAGGCAAGAGAAGAGGAAGGAAAUUAACCAGAUCGGUGAAGGUCGAGUUGAGGGUCUGCUGUAGCAGGUGGCACUGCUUGAAGCAAGGGAGGAACUUUCCCCGGCGCAGUGGAGAUCAGAAAGAUUGCUGGGUGUGGCAUAAGUCACAGGAAAGGAAGAAGGGGCAAGCCGCUGCUUUAAGGAGGUUUACCUCUGAAACCAAUUACUGUGGCCUUGAAGUGACUUGAAGAACAUUACUCUCCACAGGCCUGCACUCAGGCCCGAAGCCCUCUUCCCCUAUCUUGAGUGACUACUCUAUUUCUUGGUCCCUGCCGUUGCCAGGGACGAUUGCAUGGGCUACGCCAGGAAAGUAGGCUGGGUGACUGCAGGCCUGGUGAUUGGGGCUGGAGCCUGCUAUUGCAUUUACAGAUUGACCCGAGGAAGAAAGCAGAACAAGGAGAAAAUGGCCGAGGGUGGCCCCGGUGAUGUGGAGGAUGCUGGGGACUGUUCUGGGGCCAGGUAUAAUGACUGGUCUGAUGAUGAUGAUGACAGUAAUGAGAGCAAGAGUAUAGUUUGGUACCCACCUUGGGCCCGGAUUGGCACUGAAGCAGGGACCAGAGCUAGAGCCAGGGCAAGAGCCAGGGCUACCAGGGCUCGGAGAGCUGUUCAGAAAAGGGCUUCUCCUAAUUCAGACGAUACUGUUUUGUCUCCUCAAGAGUUACAAAAAGUACUUUGUUUGGUUGAGAUGUCUGAAAAGCCUUACAUUCUUGAGGCAGCUUUAAUUGCUCUGGGUAAUAAUGCCGCUUACGCAUUUAAUAGAGAUAUUAUUCGCGAUUUGGGUGGUCUCCCAAUUGUUGCAAAGAUUCUCAAUACUCGAGAUCCCAUUGUGAAGGAAAAGGCUUUAAUUGUCCUAAAUAACUUGAGUGUGAAUGCUGAAAAUCAGCGCAGGCUUAAGAUAUACAUGAAUCAAGUGUGCGAUGACACAGUCACCUCCCGAUUGAACUCGUCUGUGCAGCUGGCUGGACUCAGACUGCUUACAAAUAUGACUGUUACUAACGAGUAUCAGCACAUCCUUGCUAAUUCCAUUUCAGACUUUUUUCGUUUAUUUUCAGCAGGGAAUGAAGAAACCAAACUUCAGGUUCUGAAACUCCUUUUGAAUCUGGCUGAAAAUCCAGCCAUGACUAGAGAACUGCUCGGGGCUCAUGUGCCGUCUUCACUGGGCUCCCUCUUUAAUAAGAAGGAGUACAAAGAGGUUAUUCUUAAACUCCUGAGCAUUUUUGAGAAUAUCAAUGACAAUUUCAAAUGGGAAGAAAACGAGCCUGCUCAGAAUCACUUUAGUGAGGGUUCCCUUUUUUUCUUUUUAAAAGAAUUUCAAGUGUGUGCUGAUAAAGUCCUGGGAAUUGAAAGCCACCAUGAUUUCCAGGUGAGAGUCAAGGUUGGAAAGUUUGUGACCAAACUGACUGAGCGGAUGUUCCCAAAGAGCCAGGAAUAACUUGGUGGCUUUGUAGCAUAGCAGCAACACACCUUGUAAACUAUUCUUUAUCUCCACUUUGUUUAUAUGGCAAAGGAACCCUUUCAGCUGCCAAUUUUGAAUGAUGAAUAUCAUACUGUAUCAUCAAUGUUGAUUGAUAUUUAGCCAAGUUUGUUUUCAGGUUUGAGUUGAAUGAAUGUAUUUCACUACUUGUCCUGAAACGUGUUGCAUUUUAUCUUGCUGCCCACAUUGAAACAUUUUUACUGUUCCCUCCCCGUAAGUGACAGUGAACCAAUUCACCCGAAGUAGGCUCCCUUUUGUCCUUUGCAUUGAUUUUGUUUGUGCAUCUUCAAUAAAGUUUUAUGUUAAUGCUGGAAAGAAACAACAGAAGAAGAAAGAAAUUA